AUGUCUGCUACUAUAGAUGAUUCCAAGGACCAAAAAAUUGAUAAGAAAACGCUUUUUGUGCGUAAUCUUCCUUCAGAUGCUACCGAUGAUGAGUUUUUGGAUUUCUUUUCACAGUUCGUGCCAGUUAAGCAUGCCGUAAUUGUUAGAGACGAUGAAGGUGUAAAUAGAGGGUUUGGUUUUGUCUCUUUUGCUGUGGAAGCGGAUACUGCAGCCGCUUUAGCGGCUGGUAGGAAAACUGCUUUCAAAGGUCGCUUAUUGAAGAUUCAUUUUGCUAAGAGAAGGGAGCGUGAAAGUACUAAGAUGGCUGAUAAAGAGUCAGAAGAUCAGGAGUCUAUUGAAGAUGUUGUUCCAGAAGAGAAAACUGAGCAAGAAGAAGCAGAAUCUAUUAUGAAGGGAAAACCAAAGUUAAUUAUCAGGAAUAUGCCCUGGUCUUGCCGUGAUUCCAAUAAAUUAAAAAAAAUCUUUGGAAGAUUUGGUACCGUUGUAGAAGCUAGCAUUCCAAGGAAUCCAGAUGGCAGGUUGCGUGGUUUUGCGUUUGUCACUAUGAAGAAGAUUUCCAACUGUAAAAAGGCCAUUGAAGAAUGUAAGGACUUGAAGAUCGACGGUAGACAAGUUGCGGUCGAUUUUGCAGUUCAAAAGAACAGAUGGGAGGAGUUCAAAGAGAAGCAUGAUACUCCUAAAGAUGAAGAUGACGCUACUGGCUCUGCUAGCGAAGCAGAGGAUCUAGAAGAGGCCGAAAAAAGUUCAGGAAGUGAAGAUGAGGAGGAUGAGGCUGACUUGGAUGAUCUGGUCGAGGCAAACAAACUUUCAGAAGAUAUAGAAGAGAAACCACAUGCUCCUAAGAAUAGAAAAGAAACAUACUCCGUCUUUAUCCGUAAUUUACCUUACGAUGCUACGCAAGAGGCCCUAGAAGAAUUUUUCUCUAAAUUUGGUCCAGUGAAGUACGCUCUUCCUGUUCUAGACAAGGAAACUGGCUUAGCCAAGGGUACUGCAUUUGUAGCAUUUACUACACAGGAAGCGUACGAAGACUGCAUCAACAAUGCACCAGCAGUCGGCUCUACUUCUCUACUUAUUAGUGAUGAUGUGCAACCUCAAUACGUCUACGAAGGUCGAGUACUUUCGAUCUCACCUACUCUAGACAGGGAAACUGCAAAUAGGAAUGCUGAGCGUAAUGCAGCUAAUCGGAAAGAGGCGUUUGGUAUUGCUCCUGCAGAAAGGGACAGGCGUAACUUGUAUUUAAUGAAUGAAGGUAAAAUUGUCGAGGGUUCUAAAUUAGCACAGCUAUUGACACCAGCAGAAAUGGCCAUUAGACAGAAGUCUUACCAGCUAAGAGUUGAGCAAAUAAAAAAGAACCCUGAAUUGCACGUUUCAAUGACUAGAUUAGCUAUCAGAAAUAUUCCAAGAGCAAUGAACGAAGCUUCUUUAAAGAUAUUAGCUCGUAAUGCCGUUGUGGAGUUUGCAAAAGAGGUUAAAGAAGGUUUGAGACAUCCUUUAUCCAAGGAAGAGAUCUCAAGAUCUACGAGAGAAAAGUAUAAAUUCAUGUCUGAAGAUGAAGUCCAAGCCGAGAAGAAGAGGGAUAAGAAACGUGGGUUGAUCAGGCAAGCAAAAAUUAUUAUGGAGGUCAAAGGAUCAACGACUGGUAGAAGCAAAGGAUAUGGUUUUGUAGAGUUCAGGGAUCACAAAUCGGCAUUAAUGGGACUAAGAUGGCUAAAUGCUCAUAGGGUUACUCGUGAAGAAAUUUUCGCUGGCGUGUCGGAAGAAGAGAAGAAGUUAGUCGAUGCGGAAGGCAUAGAUCAGAGAAGGCUAACCGUCGAGUUUGCACUAGAAAAUGCCACCGUAGUGAAAAGACGAAGAGAACGUAUUAAGCAAUCUAAGGAGUCUGGUAGAGUCAAGAGAAGCGCUGAAGAUGAUCCAAGUGACGUUGCUGCAGACAAGAACAAGAAGUUUAAAAUGCAUAAAAAGAAUGAUUUUCAUCGUGACAGUAGAGGCAACAAGGACUCCAGGAAGAAAUGGUCUAAAGAUUCUAAUACUACUAAGGGUUCCCCUAAAUAUAGGGAUUCCAAGGUAUCUAAGGAUGCUAAGGAUUCUAAAACCAGUGCAUUCUCGGAUGAUAUUAAGAGGUUAAUUGGCUUCAAACGUAAAAGAAGACAGGGCAAGAAAUAA